AUUCGGUCAACAUUUUGGACACUUUUGAAGUUGUUGUAACGUUGUAGUGCGACAUUGUCCCACAUGGAAGGCGGUAGAGAGCUGUUUCUGUUAUUUCUUUCUCACGUGCUAGCCUGCAUUCCUGCUGACAGAAGCAGAUUUAGUAACGACAUAAUUCAGCUGACAGGUGCGUGUUAUGCUAGCACGUUGUGUUUAGGCUAGCAGGUUAGCGCUGCAUGUUUUUACGCGAAAAUAAAUAUAUUUUCUUGUCAGAAUAACGGGGGGAACCCCAUUGAAGAAUUUACUUUUGAAGCAGAGCGUUUCAUUAAAAAGCUAAGACGCAUUUCUCAUAGCUAAAUUAGCUUACUCUCGUGAUAGCAGUUGAGAAAUUUGGCUAGGGCGAUUAAGUGUGUACAAAAAGGGCGUGUUUGCAGCAAAUAUAAAUGUUGGUUAAAUGGCAAACACCGACCGGGGUGAUGAAAGCAUUGACUUUGAGGAGGGUAGCGCCGAGAAGCUGACAAGCAACGGGAGCAGUCGGUCUUUUGGCUCCGAUUUAGUCACACUGGGUUCGGAUAAUGGGACUGACACGUCCGGGGAGAAAGAAGUGGACAAAUACGGCUUUACAGGUGGAACCCAGCAGUACCCUGGACUGGAUGCAGAAGAAAUCCCGUCAUACGUGUUGAGACAGCGGGAAGCCAAAUGGCUGGAGAUGCUGGACAGCUGGGACAAGUGGAUGGCCAAAAAGCACAAGAAGGUGAAAGAUCGCUGCCAGAAGGGAAUUCCGCCCUCAUUGCGUGGUCGUGCCUGGCUCUACCUGACGGGAGGAAAAGUGAAGGUGCAGCAAAACCAGGGCAAAUUUCAGGAGUUGGAGAGGCUACCGGGAGAUCCCAAAUGGGUGGACAUCAUUGAGAGAGACCUCCACCGACAGUUUCCCUUCCAUGAAAUGUUUUCAGCUAGGGGGGGACACGGACAGAAGGACUUGUUCAGCGUGUUGAAGGCGUACACACUGCACCGUCCGGAGGAGGGCUACUGCCAGGCGCAGGCGCCAAUCGCUGCUGUGCUCCUCAUGCACAUGCCGGCUGAGGAGGCCUUCUGGGUCCUUGUCCAGAUUUGUGAGAAGUACCUUCCUGGAUACUACAGUACAGGGCUGGAAGCCAUCCAACUGGACGGAGAGAUUCUUUACGCGCUACUGCGAAGGGUUUCCCCAGUGGCGCACAGACACCUCAAGCAGCACAAGGUGGAGCCCAUCAUGUACAUGACCGAGUGGUUCAUGUGCGCCUUCUCCCGCACGCUCCCAUGGGCAUCCGUGCUUCGCGUGUGGGACAUGUUCCUCUGUGAGGGAGUGAAAAUUCUCUUCCGCGUCGGCCUGGUCCUUCUCAAAUGCACGCUAGGAUCUUCAGAGAAGGUGAAGGCCUGCCCGGGGAUGUAUGAAACAAUGGAGCUUCUUCGAGCCAUACCACCUCAAUACAUGCAGGAGAGUUUUCUAGUGCGAGAGACCAUAGACCUGCCCAUAUCAGCAAAAGACAUCGAGAAGGAGCACCUGGCACAGCUGCGGCGCUGGAAGGAGACCCACGGCGACCUCCGCUGCAAGUCCCCUCCCAGAAUGCACGGCGCCAAGGCCGUCAUGGUUGCCGAGCCGCCGGACCGACAGGAUCUGAGGCAGAGGCCCACCAUCAUUGUGGAAACCCCACCCGAGGUAGACGGCGACAGGAGCACCCGCAGGGCUAAAAGGAAGAAUCGGAAAAAGAGCGUCCUGCCGUCGGAGGAGACCGGUAAUGCCUCACAACCUCUCCCGGAACCGUCGCCGCUCCUUCGACCGCCAAGCGCAAACGCGUCAAAAGAGAGCGAUAGCGGCGCCGAGAACGACACUUAUCUAUAGCACGGUGAGCUCGCAAUUAUUCCGAUGAGGACGUUUUGUGGGAAAAAAAGCUAUUGAAGCAUUUAUUCAGUACGGCAACGUGUUGCUGCCACCCAAAAAAAAAAAAAAAAAGUCCAAUAUCACGUAUUUACAUGAUAGCGUCGCGUAAAAAUGUGAUCACUAUCAUGUAGCAACGUGAUUAUGUAAAAACGUGAUAUCAUUUAGAAACGGGAUAUCAUGUGAAAACUUGAUACCAUCACUUAGAAUCUUGAUAACAUGUAAAAACGUGAUGCUGUCAUGUAAAAACGUGAUAAUUAAAAAUGCGAUACAGUACUAUCCUGUAAAAACGGUAUAUGGCGGAAAACUCAGGUGACUUGUUGACUUGAAGUUCUGCUCUGAGACAACCAAUUUGGCCAAAUUUCAAAAUUGUCCGAUAUGCACGUGUGACACAUAAGCUUAAUAUCUCAAUUUUCUGGGGGAAGGAAAAUUUUGAAUUGGAGGGCAUUUGAAAAACAGAAGUUUUUUUAAACAGCAAAACCCUAUCUUGAGGUGAGAGCACGCGAGAGCAGAAUUACAGACGCCAUGACUUGAACGAGAUUUUAUUGCGUACUUUACUUGUUUCGAUCCAAAAACUCAUACAAAAACAUGUAGCAUGUAUCACUGAGUGUCAAGACACAGCUGUAAAUGGCAACAGCUGGAUUUUGGGGGGAUUUUAUGGGUAAAACAUGGUAAUAUAACAAGGGUCGCGAUGCAGAAAUCGCAGACAUCAAGGAGUGGUCAAGAUUUUCUUUUUCAUAUAUUUACCCUUUGAAACUUUUUUUUUCAAUUUUUCUUUGUUUGGAUCAAUUAUUUAUCAUCUAAGAUAUCGGAGAAAAUGCGACAGUAACAAAAAAAUACAAUUAAGUGAUAAAGAUGUAGAUAUCUGUGACUUUUACAGACACCAUUUUUUUCAUUGUGAUGUAAUUUGUUAAAAGUUUAAAAUAUGCGAGUGAAUAAUGUUUUGAAGUCGUUUUUUUUUUUAAACAAAAUAUUAGACAUCAGUUAAUGAUUCUAGGCUAAAAAAAGACAUUUUGAAUAAUAAAUAUAAUUAAUUACCCUCGUUUUAUGGCUGGGUUGAAACAAAAGCGGUUGCGCGACGUCUGUAAACGGGGGUUUCCAGGGUAAAACGGACAAAUUAAAAAUAGUUCGGGGGCUUAAUGCGCCAUGAAUCUGCUAUGGCAGCAUAUAGACAUAUUGUUCUAUCAAACACAACAGUUGAUUUGGCUUAAAAUACAGCAGUUUCUUUUAAAGAGGAGUGAAAGAGCAGAAACUGCUUUUUCAGUCUUGUCUGUUUUCCGCCAAAUGUAAAAACGUGAUAACUAUCAAGUAAAAACAUGAUAAUUAUCACGUAAAAACGUGAUACUGGACUUUUUUUUUUUUUUUUUUUAAAUGGUUGGUCGCAAUACGCUUCUUGUAAUUCAGUAUGCUUGAUUACAGCUUUAGCUGACAGGUGUCCAAUCGUGCUCUUUUCAUCCUUCUGCUGUGAAUGUAAAAGCGUUUACCACUAGGAGACGUCCAAUCCAUUUGAACUUGGAGCAUGCCAGAACUCCCAGUUGAAAUGGAUUGGACGUCUAGCGCCGUCAAAGACAAUUACGUAAUGAAGCUGGAUAUCAAGAAAAUGGAAUAAAUGCUACGUCGGCUAUCAGUCUAAUUCACUCUGUGAUUCCCCACAUUGAGCUGCAGGUGGCAAUAAUGCGCAGUUUGCACUUUUUUUUGCCUGUGGCUGGAUCAGCAUCGAGAGGAUGGAGCUGCUAUUGUGCAGAUAAUUUACCAUCCUAAGUGAUCAUCAUCAUCUAAUAAGAGCCACCGUGUGAGCUUUUUUAAGCUUUACUAAGGUAAUAAAGCUACAUCUUUAUUUUUACGUUCUCACAUUGGAUAUUAUUAGCUAUCUUAUGCGAAUUUAAUGUAUCCAGUGUGUUCCCAUGCACUAAGUUAAAACAAAUGACGGUAUUUUACCUUCUUCCCCAGUAUGUUAUUUUGUUGUACAUAGGAGUGCGCAGCACCUUCACGCUACUUUGACUCCUUUUAAUGAAGGAACAUGUUCAGGGACAUUGUUUUGCCAUGAUGCCAAAGAUUUUUAUGUUGGGUGUGUUGCCUCUAUCAGACUGGGAGUGUUUAUUCAUGUAUGGAAUGAAAUGAGCGAGGCUGCGCAGAAAGAAUUUGAAGGACUGUUACUGAAAAAGAUCACUAACAUUGGGAGAUUGUAGUCGUGCAAACACCAAUGGUUUACAUCCUCCGUUUCUGAGCCAGAUAUAUAGAUUAUAUGUAUUUUUAUAGAUUCCUAAGUCACAAAUGCAGCCAAAUGAUUGUACUGUAUAAUGUAGUAUUUUUUUGACAAUGACAUAAGCUCAAGCGAUAUUGAAAUAUGUGUUUUACACUUUUAGGGGAAGAGCAGCAAAUAACAGAUGUAAAUCUUGAUAAUGGUGUUUAAAUGUAACACAUCUUUGUCUGCAAUCAACUUUAUAAAGGUGUACCG